AUGAGUAAUAAGAAGGGAACAUCAAUCGUAAAAAACAGAACCGUAGACGAGGUGGAGGAGCUGCUUCUUGCGGCGGAGGACGAUCUCCUCCUCAACCUAAGUCUCAACUCUCACCUUUCUCACGCCUCUUCUUCCUCCUCUCCCCUCGAUCACGAUCUUUCCCGUCGCCUCGAAGCUCUGAAAUCGUCAAAAAUUACGAGGGUACCACCGUCGCAACCGCAGCAGAAGGAAAAGACGAGCGCAGCUCCAAAAUCAACCUCCAGUUCGAUGAUAAUUACGAACGUAACAUUGCCGGAAGCGCAGAAGAAGGAGAAAAGCAAAGAGGAGGAGGAGUUUGAGAAGGUUCUCGGAGCCGAUCUUUCUGCCAGAUUUGCUGCUCUCAAGGGCUCUUCUUCUUCGAAGACUUUUACAGAAUCUCAAGCGAGUCUGGUGAGAUCUGAAAGUGGAGAUGAUGGCGAUGAUGAUGAAGAGGAUGAGGUGGAGAAGGUGAUUCAGUGGGCCAUCGAUACAGUUCGUCUCGAUUCCUCCUCCCCCAUCGAUGAUAAUUCUAACGAUGACGAUGACGAUGACGAUGACAGUGAAGAAGAAGAUGAUGACGAUGAAGACGACGAAGAGAAGGAAAAGACGAGCAAACAACGGCAGAAGAAGUAG